AUGUCAUCCUUUCAAGAAGUUCCAUCUUCAGCUAAUGCUUUACAGACUUCCAAUUUUGCACAUGUGAUUUUUCAAAAUGUGGCGAAAAGCUAUCUUCCAAACACACACCUUGAAUGUCACUACACUCUGACCCAGUUUAUCCAUCCUCAUCAGAAAGACUGGGUUGGUAUUUUCAAGGUUGGUUGGAGUACUGCAAGAGAUUAUUACACGUUUCUUUGGUCACCUAUGCCAGAAAACUAUGUGGAAGGAUCAACUGUUAACUGCGUGCUGACUUUUCAAGGAUAUUAUCUACCAAAUGAUGAUGGAGAAUUCUACCAGUUCUGUUACGUGACCCAUAAAGGAGAAAUACGCGGAGCAAGCACACCUUUCCAGUUUCGUACCUCUUCUCCUGUUGAAGAAUUGCUCACUAUGGAGGAUGAAGGAAACUCUGAUAUGUUAGUGGUGACCACAAAAGCUGGACUUCUCGAGUUUAAAAUUGAAAAGAUAAUAAAAGAAAAAGAAGAGCUAUUAAAAGUAACUUCUGUUCUGGAGAAGGAAACAACACAACUCAGAGAUCAAGUUGAAAGACUGGAAAAAGAACUUAACCAUGAAAAGCAGAGAUGUGACCAACUGCAAACAGAGCAAAAGGCUAAUAUUCAGGCAUCAGAAACUCUUAAAACUGAAAAUGAUGAUUUGAAGAAAAAGCAUGAAGAGGCUGCUUCAAAAGUUCUCCAGCUUGAAGAAGACAUCAUGGCUGUUACUCAAAAAGCCAUUGCGAAAGAAACAGAGUUAGACAGUAUGAAGGACAAACUAAAGAAAGUGAUGCUUGAGAAGGAGCAACUUGAAUGUGUGUUAAAGACAGAAAAGGAUGAAAAAGAACUUUAUAAGAUACACUUGAAGAAUACAGAAAUAGAAAACACCAAACUAGUAAAAGAGAUCCAGACGUUUAAGAAUUUGGAUGCAAACAAAGAAAACAUGAUAUCGUAUUAUAAAGAGGAGGUUGGCAGAUUACAGCUAUUUAUAGCUGAAAAAGAAAAUAUGAAGAAAGCUUUUUUGCUCUCCUCAUCAAAUAAGGAGGAUGCAAGUGUUUUAAAAGAACAGCUGAGGAAAGCUGAGGAUCAGAUUCAGGCUAGCAAACAAGAAGCUGUCCUAAUGUCAAAAGAGUUGAGCGACGCAGUAAACGUGAGAGAUAAGACAAUGGCAGAUCUUCACAGUGCACGUCUGGAAAAUGAAAAGUUGAAAAAGCAGCUUGCUGAUGCUUUAGCUGAACUUAAAAAAAUCACAGCUUUGAAAAAUGAACAGGAAACUUCAAAUACAGUGGAGCAGGAACUGCGCAGAGAAGUUGAAGAUCUGAAGCUUCGUCUACAAAUGGCUGCUGACCAUUACAAGGAAAAAUUCAAAGAAUGUCAGAAACUUCAAAAACAAGUAAACAAGUUCACAGAACAGGCAAAAAUUGCAGGGAGUCAACAGAAACUGACAGAUGCAUCUAACAUUGAGACAGCUACUGCCGUCGUUACAGACAAAAAGUUGUCUGCAUCUCCAGUUAGCCCCAUUUCACCUGAUGUAGUUUCGGAAUUCAUGGUAAAGGAGCAAGUACGUGAAAUGAAUAAAGAAAUUGCUGAGAAAACAGAGAAGUAUAAGAAAUGCAAGCAAAUGUUGGCAGGUGAAAAGAUGAAAUGCAGUGUUUAUGCUGAUGAACUUGCUAAACUGGAGCUGAAGUGGAAAGAACAAGUGAAAAUCAAUGAGGGUAUAAAAUUACAGCUGGCAGCAAAGGAGGAUCAGUAUAAAGUUCAGCUGGCGGAAAAAGAGAGACGAAUAAAGGAACUGGCAUCACAGCUGGAACUCUUUACCAGUGAGAAGGAACUUGGCAGGACACCAGGAAAUCAAGCUGGAAGGAUGAUGGAAGGACAGAUUUCACAGCCAACAUUGCAUUUUCGCAACCCAUACUCAGAGGAAAAUGGACCAGUUCCUGCAGUGACAAGCAGGCUACCAGUAUUGCAAUAUGGAAACCCUUAUGCAAUUCAGGAAAGACGAGAUGGAGCAGAUGGCGCCUUUAAUCCUGAUGAGAUCCAAAGACCACCUGUUAGAACUUCCUUUUGGGAACUGGAAGAUGACGUAGUGUGUAGUCAGCCUUCACGCAAUCUCAGUCGGCCUGAUGGUUUAGAAGAUCCUGAGGACAGCAAUGACGAUGACAACACUGUACCUUCUGCUCCCAAUCCUCCCAGCCUUCUUUUGCAUGAGCGUGGAACAGGUUUUUGCUUUGAUUCCAGCUUUGAUGUGCACAAGAAAUGCCCCCUUUGUGAUGUGAUGUUUCCCCCUAACUAUGAUCAGAGCAAGUUUGAGGAGCACGUGGAAAGUCACUGGAAGGUGUGCCCCAUGUGCAGCGAGCAGUUCCCGCCUGACUACGACCAGCAGGGCUUUGAGAGGCACGUCCAGACGCACUUUGAUCAGAACGUUUUAAAUUUUGAUUAAAUCUUUUGUUUGCAGUGUAGCUUAAAAAGAAACAACUUUGAGUAGUCCACCUAUGGAAAAACAAACCACAAAACAACAGUACAGCUUUUCUUUAACAGUGCAGAUUUCUGAUUAAAAGCUAGUGUACUCUAACGGGAGCCAUGAUAAAUCCUGGCUGUAAGCUGCUAUUUGAGUUACCUUCUCCCUCUACCUAACAUUAUACUAAAAAAAAAAAAACAAAAAAAAGACCUUGUUGUGUAUGUAGCUAUUUAUUCCCCUAUCCAGUAGAAUUUGGAAUUUGUAAGGACACAGGAACGACUCAGCCUCAGAACAAAGGAGACCAGCUUCGUGAUGCUCUUCAGCUGUGUAAAACAACACCAAAGCUCCUAUGGUUUAUCUUGACCGUGAGAACUGAGGUGUGAUUAAAAACGUAAUAAACAGGUGUUUCUCCUAGCAAAGUUGUGUAGUCUCUUUUCAUCAGUAACAGUUAAACCAGGGAGUUGCAUAAUUUACAUAAUUUACCCAAUGAAACUAUAGUUUUCUAGCACAUUUCUGAAAUGUAGAUGCACGUACUGUGAGAUUACAUGCCUGCAACAAAGGUAAUGGCAGAUCCUUCAGUUUUACAUAUGCAGUGCUUGCCUUAAGGAAUAAUGUUCAGUGAAGUACGUUAUACUUUAAGGCAGAAUUUUUGAGUUGAAAGAAACCGUUGUGCUUAAAUGCCUAGAAAUUAAUUGUUUAAAAAGUCAUUGCCAUUAUGUUGCAAUUGCAUUCAGUAGAAAAUAUUGUUAUAUUUUCACAACAGUGAAUUGUGUUCAUUUUUGCUUAGGGCUUUUAAAACCUUCUGCAUUUUAACUUUAUGUAUUUCUUUCCAGUAAGUAAAAACAUGUGUGUAUAUCUAAACAUUUUAUAUUUACCUAACUGUAUUAAGUAAAUUGCUUUCCACUUGUUGUACAGUAGUCUUGUUACAUUAAAAGCAGAAUUAUUCAUGGA